GGCAUUCAACAGGCUGCUCUUGCUUCGUGAAGAGGGUCUAUGUGAAGAUUUUAACGAGUGGACUAGUCGACGGUGGAGUCAAUUCAAUUGUCAGUUGUCAGUCAUUAUCGCUAUCAGCCUGUAUCUGUGUUCUGUGGUUACUCCGACUAAUUUUCAAGAAGAGGAUUACGUCAAAGCGAAGAAUCAUUAUCGCAAAAGUGUUAAAAAUGAGUUUUUGGCGGAAAUUUGUUAGUUUUGUAAUUUGCAUGUCCCGUGGAGCGCGUUCGUAGUUGGUGAAGUGGACAUUCAAAACUUUUCGUAACUCUCACUAAGUGAUUUUAUAAUUAUUCUUCUUAUUCGUUGAAAGUCGUUUCUUCAUUGAUGUUUACCCGAGUGAAUGAUAAACUUAUCUUGUGGGGGCAAGUGUUCGAAAAAAUGAUGUCGCAUUCUUUGGCAUUUUCGAAUUAAAGUGUUUUGUUGAACAAGUGCGAAGUUUGUGACGAAAACUAUCCCCGAUGAACUUACUUAGGAACAAGUUUUAGAACUUUUCUCGCGAACGUUCUUAUUGUAUGGUAAAUAAAUAAUAUUACUGCUUAUCUCUCUGGACAAAUAACAUUGUGUUAAAAAUAGCUGGUACUCAAAUUGCCAGUCUUGUGUCAACUUAUAUCACGUGAUAUCCACAGUGAACCUUAAUAUACUUAAGUAAUCCAGGAGAUGUGGCUUUAGGUGUUCCAACGCUGUUUUGCAUUUUCCGGGAUUUCAAACACAUGGUGAACCUGGAGUAUCGGUGAGUGGUGUGGGCCGGUCAUGCGCCUCGGCCCGACUCUGCUGCUGGUCGCACUUCUCCAUGUGUGCCACGGGGACCCCCAUAAGGACCCCCUCUACGAUCGCAACGCCACCUCUGUAUCCUUUCCCUUCCUGGAAGGGAACGCCAUCGACGAUGCCGCCGCCCCCUCUGGUGCGCCACUGGAGCACGGCGCAAUCGCGACGGGCAUGCGCCCGCUCGCCAACUUCGUGGACCACGUCGCCAGAGAGAGGAAGAACAACAACCUCAGCGCGGAGAGCCUCAGGACGGAGGUGGAGCUCAAGAAGAAGGUGAUCACGGUGGGGUAUCUGGCUGCUGUGAGGGGGGAGCUGAAGGAGAGGCAGGGUCUGACCAUUUCCGGCGCUGUGCAGAUGGCUAUCGAUCAUAUAAACAACAACGCGGAGAUUCUACCGAACAUAACGCUGGAGCUGCAAUGGAACGACACCAAAGGCGAUACCGUGCUUGCGACCAAGGCAAUGACUGAGAUGAUCUGUGGCAAUAUUUACGCCUUCAUCGGUCCAGAGGGAAGCUGUUACGUCGAGGCCAUAGUGGCCCAGUCUCAGAACAUACCGAUGAUAAGCUAUAAAUGUUCCGAUUACAAAGCAUCAGAUAUUCCUACCUUUGCCAGGACAGAACCACCAGAUACUCAAGUUACCAAAUCCGUGAUCGCCCUUCUGGACUACUACAAAUGGUACAAAUUCGCAGUCAUCUACGAGGACACAUGGGAAACUGUGGCCAAAUCGUUGAUCCUCCAGGCCGAGAAGAAGAAGAUGACAGUUACAGGCGAGAGAAAGGCCUCAGACCGUCUGCAGUGCUGCGUCCUGCGCCUCACUUGCUGCCAACAGCAUUUCUGGUACGAUUAUCUGCAGGAGACGAAGAACAGGACGAGAAUCUAUAUCUUCUUCGGGAACACCAUGUCGUUGGUGGACAUGAUGACCACGAUGCAGACGCUUCAACUGUUCGAGAACGGGGAGUACAUAGUGAUUUAUGUAGAUACCAAUCCCUAUUCUGACAAAGACGCGCACAAGUACUUGUGGAAACACGACAUAUUCGACACCAACAACUCCUGCGAUGCCAAAUCUCAAGAUUACCGAGCUUUCCUGAAGAGGGCGAAGUCCCUCUUCGUCAUUGUACCCACGGCGCCUACCCAGAGCUACGAAAAUUUCACCAACAUGGUGAAGCAGUACAACAGUCAGAAGCCCUUCAAAUUCGAGACUUCUGACAUAUUGAAGUCGUUCGAAACGUACGUCUCGAUCUACGCCGCCUACCUCUACGACUCGGUCAUACUCUACGCCACUGCCUUGAACAACAUACUGGCCAAUGAGAAGGUUAUAAACGAUGACGUAGUUGAGGAGAUCGCAAGAAACGGUUCAAGGAUAGUACAGGCCAUCAUCAAAAUGGGCUCUUACAGAAGUGUGACUGGAGCCAUGAUGAAGCUUGACGAGAAGGGCGAUUCAGAGGGCAACUUCACGGUGCUGGCUCUUAGACCAACACCCAACUCGACCCACGUGUACAAGAACUUCGAGUGCCCCUAUCAAAUCAGACCCGUUGGUCAGUUCUACCAACAAUCCGACGAUUUCCCUAAAUACAACAUCAACAACAACACCCAGAUCGAGUGGGCGUCAGGCAAAGACAAGCCCAACGAUGAGCCAAGCUGUGGCUUCCAGAACGAGCUCUGCCCCAAGGCCAACACCCAGCUGAACAGCAUCAUAGCGGUGGGGGUGUUGUCCGUUCUCCUCUUCUGCGUGGGCGUCAUCACCAUGAGCAUCUACCGCAAAUGGAAGAUAGAGCAGGAGAUAGAGGGGCUGCUCUGGAAGAUCAACAGAGAGGAGAUCCUCAGCUAUUUCGAACGAGACAUUUCUAGUCCUACACGUGUGUUCUCUUCGCAGGUUAGUUUAGUUAGUAACAGCGUGACGUCAUUCGAGUCCAGGGGCGGACUGCAGGUGUUCGCCACUACCGCCCUGUACAGGGGCGUGGUGGUGAGGAUCAAGGAGCUGGCCUUCACCAGAAAGAAGGACAUCUCAAGGGACGUCAUGAAGGAGAUGAGGUUGCUGAGGGAGCUGCGCCACGACAACGUGAACAGCUUCAUAGGAGCCUGCGUGGAGCCCAACUCUUUAUUGCUAGUCACUGAUUACUGUGCCAAAGGAAGUUUAUAUGAUAUUAUAGAAAACGAAGAUAUUAAAUUGGAUAAGAUGUUUAUUGCUUCACUGAUCCAUGAUCUCAUAAAGGGGAUGCUGUAUAUUCACAACUCGAUGUUGAUUUGUCACGGCAACCUGAAAUCGUCGAAUUGCGUGGUGACCAGUCGCUGGGUGCUCCAGGUGACCGAUUUCGGCCUGUACGAGAUGCGCCACUGGGCGGAGAACGAGAGCAUCGGCGAGCAUCAAUAUUACAGAAAUCUUUUUUGGAGGGCGCCUGAGAUUCUGAGGGACUACAACGCGUACAUCAGGGGUUCCCAGAAGGGGGACGUGUACGCUUUCGCCAUCAUCCUGUACGAGAUACUGGGCAGGAGGGGGCCCUUCGGGGUGACGGACUACGAACCAAAAGAAAUAAUCAACCUAGUGAAAAGUAUCCCGGCGGAGGGCGAAGAGCCCUUUCGGCCAAACACGGACCUUCUGCUGGACACGGAGGUCGGCUGUGAGGAAGACGUGCUGCAAUGCAUGAGAGAUUGCUGGGCGGAAAGUCCGGAACUGAGACCGGAUUUCGCUGCUAUCCGGACCAGGUUGAAGAAAUUGAAAGACGGGAAGAAGAAGAAUAUUAUAGACCAGAUGAUGGACAUGAUGGAAUCAUACGCGACGAAUCUGGAAGAUGUUGUGAUGGAAAGGACCAGAUUGCUGUACGAGGAGAAGAUGAAGACGGAGGAUCUGCUGCACAGGAUGUUACCGAAGCCCGUAUCCGAGAGAUUGACGAAGGGAUACGGUGUGGAACCUGAAUCGUUCGAUUCCGUAACGGUUUAUUUCAGCGAUAUUGUCGGUUUCACGGCCAUGUCCGCCGAGAGCACCCCACUGCAGGUCGUAAACUUCCUGAACGACCUGUACACAGUAUUCGAUCGGAUAACUAAGGGUUACGAUGUCUACAAGGUCGAGACCAUAGGGGACGCCUAUGUUGUGGUCUCAGGACUGCCUUUGAGGAACAGUGAUCGCCAUGCUGGCGAGAUAGCAUCGAUGGCUUUGGACAUGCUAGGUGCCGUGAGCAACUACAGGAUCGCUCAUAGGCCCAACGAUAUCCUCAAAUUGAGGAUAGGCAUACACACCGGACCAGUGGUCGCCGGCGUCGUGGGUCUCACCAUGCCCAGGUACUGCCUGUUCGGCGACACCGUGAACACCGCCUCCAGGAUGGAGAGCAACGGCGAGCCUCUGCGCAUCCACAUCAGCUCGCAGUGCAAGGAGGCGCUGGAGAAGUUGGGCGGCUACAUCAUAGAGGAGCGGGGCCUGGUGAACAUGAAGGGCAAGGGCAACGUGAAGACGUUCUGGCUGGUCGGCGCCACCGAGUGGGCGAUACAGAGGCGGGAGGUGGACCUGGAGGAGCUGCCCCCUCUGUUCUGCAGGCCGAGGAAGAGCCCCAAGUUGAACAACGACUCGAGACAGCCGUCCUUCUGCGGAGGUUUUGGUGGUAUGACCAGCAGGAGGCAUUCGAGCGUGCCUAGAGGCGCCAGCAUAGAGGUGGAAAGCAUUUCCACGUUGCAAAACUCGAGCCCGCUACCGUCCAGACUGAACCUGAAGGUGAACAGACUGGUCGUUCCAGAACACGUGGCCGGCUCCAGGCUGACCAUCAACACCGCCUUCGGGAGCGGCGUGCUCGAGGCCCCCCACGAGGAGAACGGCGGCCGCAUCAGGGGCCUCAGGCCGCGCAGGGUGCUGUCGAGCAUAGCGUCCAGCUGCGACGAGUCCAACAGAAGUCAGAUGAUCAGGGUAAGGGAGUCCAGGAGUUUGGACCCGCUGCCCCCGGCCAAGAACAGGGCGCUGGACCAGAUCGGCAAGCUGCUCAGGUCCAACAGGAGUACGAGAUCGCUGGAUAACUGUGAUAAAAAUAGCGAAAUUAAAAUCAUAGCAAUUAUCGAUGAAAACCUGGACACAAACUACGCCAACGGGAAUGUCCUAGUGGGUUCCAACGAGGACAACAGUCUGAUGGAAGACGUCCAGAUGCCCUUGUUGAACACACCAGCGGCCAACCCUGCCAUUGUCAGAAAGAGAGGCAACGAAUUCGAAGACACCAUCAACAACGACGAUAAGUCCAAGAGAUGGCGAUCCCUAGAAUCAGUACAAGUAUCGUGUGACCCGCCCCAGCAAGACUUGGCUAGAAACAAGAAAAUCAUACCAAGACAUUCUUUGAAAAACUGGCUCGUAGGUCUGUUCAACGGCAACAGCCUGAAGACCAGUAGCGCCUCUUUGAAAAAGGCGGUAAUUGCUGAUUUUCCGCGCACCAUAGAGAGAGAUAAGGAAAGUGUCAUUUGAAGAAGGGAAUGUUGUUCUAUGAUAGUAGGAAACCGUUGAUUUACCACUCCAAGUCUGGACCACAAAGUUGAAAUUGUUUUCUGUGACAUUAUUCGAAUUGAUGAUUCAAAGAGGACAUGGAAUCUCGGUUUGAGAAGGAAAAAAAAUGAUGAAAGAGAAAUCAAUCUUUUUCCAUCGCUGGCAUUUGUUUGCUUAUUGACAGCCAAAGAUACCCAGAAAGAAUGCAAUUCUUAGUUUUCAACAAGAAGUAAUAUAAAAUAUUCAUAUCAUUACUAUUAAUAUAUAGAGAGAAGAAAAAAGAGAAAUUCAUAUCAUUUCCAAAAAUAUCAAUAUCUUGGUGUUAUUUCAUUUCGUGAAGUGAUUGAUCGCAACAUGAUCGAAUUAGAAAAUAUUUUUCUUAUUCUGGUAGUCUCAUUCCAUUUCUUACAAGAAGAGAUACCCAAUUCCCAGAAAUCCAUCAGUGACUAGAAUAAGAGAAAAGAUUCGGUACUAAUAUUCCUCAUAAAUGUAGGUCUAAAAAUCUAUUGGCAUAUUUUGAACAAUGUUUAAAAAAAAAAUUAUAUUUUAAUUCAUCAUGCACUCGCUUAGCAAUCCAUUUUGAAAAAUGUCCAGAGGGAAAGAUCAUUCCAUGUCACUUUCCAUUUAAUGUUGCUCAUAUAAAUCAAAAUGUUUUUCUUUAAACUUGAAAAGUCUGUACUCUUUUUGCUUUAAUUUCAAUUUACCCAUUCACGUAUAUGUACAGGGUGCUUCAAUAAACGUCAAUUAUUAGCCGCUAUCAUAACCUAUAACCACUAUAAUUUCUAAAAAUUUCAAUAAGAGUUUUUCGAAUAAAUGUUAGAUUCUAAAUUACUUAUUGAAAAUUUAGUUCAAUCGUCAGAUUCCCUUCGAAUGGUUAAUGGGCUAACCAGUUCGAAACACCCUGUAUAAGCUGACCGAGGGUAAAUUUGAAUGUUCAAUUGAAGCAACGACCUCUUACUGGGCCUAAAUUUCAUACGAUUCAUGAACAUUGUGAUUGGUGUAGUAAUAUUUUUGUAUCCGAACUGUUUUGUCAAUUUCUUAAGUCUCACCGUUAGCUGUUUGAAGUCAUCUAUAGCCAGAAAAUGAGCUUUUCUGGUGACUCUGACUGUGAUCCCAACUUUAUUUAACAUAAUUGUAGAUAUUAUUCGAUGAGAUACUUGUUGCACUGGUAAUAUUUGUGCCAUUCAUUUUUCAGUAAAUGUAUAUCAGAAGGCAUUCACUUUAAUGUAAAUAAUUAUUUGUAGGAAAUUUCAUCUGAUAAAUAUACAUAUUUAUUUACUGAAUAGCAA